GUAGCCACGCCCCCCUGUCACCUGAUUGGCUGAGCUGCUGGUACAGUGAGAUGGGGUGGCAGAUAGUGAUGCUGGGGGUUGACAUCCCUUUGCUGCCAGAUUUGUUCCGUUCACAUCUCCAGUCAGUCUAUAGCCUGCGGCUCGGUCAGUCCUAGAUGCAUGAAGAAGUAAUAAUUGACCAGCCGCUGAGGCUCUAGAAAUGGACCUCAUUGAGAUGUUUUCCAACGUAGAUUCUUCAAGACCAGAUAGGGAGCCUCAUAUACACAAAAAACGAGAAGGAGGAGGCACCCUGACGCGCGAAGAAAGACGUCGACGACGCAGAGCGACGCAAAAAUACCGGAUGGCACACGCGACGCGCGAACGUGUGCGUGUCGAAGCAUUCAACGUCGCGUUCAGCGAACUGAGAAAACUUCUACCCACUCUACCUCCUGACAAGAAACUAUCCAAGAUUGAGAUACUACGGCUGGCUAUCUGCUACAUCGCUUAUCUCAAUCAUGUGCUCGAUGUUUAAAAAAAUUUUCCUUCGAAAGGACAAUAAUUAUUGAAGUGUCGAUAAUCCACUUGUAAAAUUAUCUGUAUAUAUGUCAUCCAAAACAACUAAUUGCAGUGUCGAUUUAUUUUUUAAAAAAAGUGUUAGUUAUUCUUGCGAGUGAUUCUUAAUUUUCAAACAAUCAUGAGUUUUCUGGGAGUGAAUCAAGGAGACUCAGAUUUGCUGUUGAUUUUUGUAAAUUAUUUCCGAUCCAUUUGUUUGUAAAUAAUUAAGUAUAGAAGUCAAGAACAAUCUCAAGUGGCAACUCAUUUGAUAAACAUUCAUGUUCAAUAAUUCAUUUCUUUGUAGAAUAUUUUCAAUUACUCAUUUUUUGUGUGUCGUAUCUGUUGGACUGUAAAAAACAUUAAAUAAAAAAUACAGUUUGA